AUGAAGGAAUCUGGGCGGUUGAAGGCCUUGCUAGGGCUAGUUCGAGCAUCCAAAUCCAACACCGGAGACCACUUGAAGGACUAUACGUUGCCCAUGAUCAUUGGCAUGGGGUCUACAGAUCCGGACUUCAGCUCCCCGCAUGCGGAGGCCGAAUUCAUCCAUGGCGCCAUUCGAAGCGCACAAAAGGCUGUCGUGAUGUACCCCAACGUGAAACACUACCCCCAAAUCGAAUGCCCGUCGGAGGUGGCUAAAAAUUUGCUUCAAGCGAACUUUUAUUUGAGCUCGACCAACUGCAGUGUUGAAGACGUUCCCGCAUUUGCGUGCACUACGUAG